CGUGCAAGCACUCCUCUCGGUUGUCUUCAAGGCCAUCGCUCGCUCGACACACUUGAUCGCCUCCACACACAUACCACGGCAGGUUUCAUCCGCUUGUCUCCUACAGCGUCUAUUGUCCGGCGCCUGCACUCAAGCACCAAACAUCACCGGCCGGCUACGAAACUGAUAGAAGCUCCCACUAUGUCGGACGAAAUGCAUGAAAUGGACUUCCCUGGCAUCCCUGCUCGUGAGGAUUGUUCAAGUUGUCCAGAGACAGGUACCCGUUGCGCUCUGCAUGAAAACAUGUAUCAUCGCGCCUUGAAGAGACAGCAAGAAACCGGCCUCGUGGUCCCAACAGAACAAGCCAAUGGCGACCGAGAUGACGGCCAGCCUGCCCAUGGAAUGUCAAAGAGAGCAGUGAACCGUAUCAAGACCCAGGAAGGUCAGAUGGUCAGCGCUCUGAAGAGAAUGAAUUUCGUAGAUGGCAAGCAACGACACAAUCUCUCCAAGAAACAGAAGAUCCGCGACAGAAAACAGGGAGAUGCCGCCGUGCAAGUUCCGAACCCUGCGAAGAUGGCCGCAAAGCAAGAGAAGGCCGCCAAACGCGCUGCCGAUCCGGGAAGAAUUGCCAGACUUGAGGCUCGCCGCCAGAACAUGGCUGAGAAGAAAGCCGUCCAAAACGCGAGACGUCUUCGCCUUGUCGACGAGCAAAGGCAGAAGAACAAGACCAGCAGGCUCGUAGACGCUGCCGAUACCAACGAUACGCUUCAACUUGCCCGUUCUCUUGAGCAAAAGGACGCCACAGAUGACAAGGCUCAAGUCCGCGGUCCGGCCCGUAGAACAAGAGGACAGAUUGCCGCCUACGGCCUACACACAGAACUUCAGGACCUCGCCACCGUGCAUAGCAUGCCUUUGGAUACCGGUACUGGUGAUUUCCUCGCCCGCGCAGACUCCCUCAUCCAACAGACUCUCAAUUCCGUUCAUUCCACCUUAUCGCCCACCGAUCGCAAGAACCUCGAGGAAGCUCUCAGCCUCGUUCGCACAACUCACUUGCUUUCACCGAGCCACACCUACAACCCUAUGAAUCUUGGAUUCGCCGACGAAUCGAUUGACCGUGUGAUUCAUGGGCCCAUCGCUGAUGAUCCCCCUAUCUACGGAUACAGACCCAUCAUAGAAGGUCAGCCAAUCAAACAGGAACCCAUGGCCGAAGAUACCUCCAUCAAAGAUGAGGAAAACAAAAACAUGGCCAGUCACGGUCGGCUCAGAGGUGGAGCC